AUGAGACAUCUUUUUGGUGUUUUCAGCGCCACUUUUGGGUGCCAGUAUGAGGAUGCUGCGCGAUUCCAGUUGCAGCCGGAUGAAUCCUUCCUAGGCGCGCAGCGGCUGCAGCAACCUCCACAAGGCCCAACACAGGAUCUCACCAAAGUCUUUUAUGCAAAGCACAAACCGUCACCGACACCGUCGAAAAGCCCGGAUAUUCUACAUCUCCCUGCGGACUUCUUCUUCCUUCUGUCCGACCAUCUCGACACACCAUCGGCACACGCACUCUCCCUGACAUGCCGCGCUUUCUACAACCUCGGCCUUCCCAAGACGCGACAGAAACUCGGGGACCAAGACAAGCGAGCGCUUCUCACCUUGCUGGAGAGGGACAGCAUCGGCGAUGACUACUACUACUGUCAAAGAUGCAACAAGCUGCACACCUACCGCGACACAUAUGGCCCUCAAUCAAUCGAGGAACGCAUUGACAAGUCGCAAGCCUUCAUCUGUGGCAUGCGCGAUCGCUUCACGCCCAUGGGGAAUGCAUACGACCUCGGCUAUCAUCACGUACGACUCGUCAUGAACCGGCACUUUCACGGCCACGGCGGCAUUCCCAUCCAGGCCAUCUGUCUCCAGCACGAGGCGCGACGCGAGACCGUCAGCAUUCGCUGCUCAACAGCCGCCAACAUCAUCGACGACGAGCUGUAUCUGCGACGCUCCUAUGAUUUCGUCCUCAGCAACGCGGACGUCCCCUCGUUCCGUCGAUGCACCGGGCACCGUGAUUUUCGCCUGUGCGAGCACACGCCCUUCUUUCGCAACUCGUCCGUCUACCACCAGGCUCUGCCCGAGCUGCAGAGAAGGCCGCGCGCGCCGACGAACAAGGACGAGUUUGUGCCGUGCACCAGCUCCCCGGGGUCUUGUGGGCUCUGCCUCCUCGACUACGACGUCUCCAUUGUGCGCAUCGACAACGGCGCGGCCUGGAAGGUCAUGAUCGAGGCGUACCACUUGCUGGGCGCCUGUCGGUCCCCCGAUGACUGGAAGUGGGCGCGCUUCACGGAGAAGACGCGCCCGCACCUGUUCCUGCCCAAUCGACCGAACCGACGGGGCAGCGGCUACGGUCCGGGCGUGGUCAAGAAGGCUUGGUUGCAGGCGGGUGUGGCGGGCGUCGUGGACGGCACAGAUGUGCAUCUCAAGCGCCAAUCCAUUUGA